CGGCCCCUGUCCGCAGGCCACGUGUGCCCUGCACGAGGUCCUGAGCGCCCUGGAGUCUGGGCCCGCGGUGCUCGAGCUGUACCCACAGCUGUUUGCCGCGCUCCUGCUGCGGGUCAGCUGCACCCUGGGCGUCCUGCUGCCCCGGAGCCUGCAGGCCAAGGAGAGGAGGAGCGUGGGCUCGGCUGUGGCCCCCAGGAGCCUCGAGCCCUGCAGCCUCGGUGCUCGGCCCUGGGUCCCUGCUCCUGCUACGCUCUGCACCAGAGCCGCUUCUUCAGGCCGAAAGCGUGCGGUGGCCUCACCGCCUCUCCCCAGGGCCCCCUUCCAGGGGUCAGAUCCCCAGCCCCGCGGGGAGGGCUCAGCACCAGCCCCCACACCACUGGCCUGUGCAGGCACCUUCCCUCUCUGCUCUUUUUGGGGGUGUGGGCCCUGGUGGUCUGUCAAGUGGGCCCUGGGGCGGGAGAGCGGGACAGGCAGGGUGGAGCUGCUUGAGGGAGGCGGUGGGCGGAGGGCUUCAACAGCUCGGGCGUCGGUCCCUGGGGCCGUCCCUGGGCCCAGCAUAGUGGCACUUCGGAGCCCAAACGACGGCCCCGGGGCCACAGGGCAAAGGGAGGAAGCUGAUACCCCGGGGCCUGCAGACCUCCCCACCCGUUCCAGGCGCGUGGGGCCGGAUGGGCCCCGGGCCCCGGCCCCGUGGUGGGGACAGACGGGGGCAGCGUCAGUACGCCCCGCCCCGCCCCGCCCCGCCGCCGCCGCCGCCGCCGGAGCGGCCCCGGCCCGGGCGCUCUGGGCGGGGCGGGGCGGGGCGUACUGA